AUGACGGCAGUUAGUCGAGCGACAGAAUUGGGAAAAUUGGUGACGAGGCUACAGCAAGAGAGAUCUGAAGUGGCUUUCUUCAUUUUCACCAAUGGCAGCACUUUGAGGUCGAAUUUAUCCCAACGUUUUUCGGGUACAAACAGAGCGAUAGAUCAGAUGGGAUCACUACCAAUGUUGGUGUUCAAGAACCGGUCAAAACCGGUUGAUGGGGACGCAUUCAGAACUGAACUAGAAGAGUUAAGGGCUGGUAUAAACGCAGGCACUUCAAUGACAGAAGCUGUGGAAUGGUAUACGAAUGCUAACGCUGCUCUGCUCAGCCACCUCACGAAGGAGAUCAAAGAUACAGAUAGCAGUACAAUAUGGAGGUAUCUUGUUGGUUUCAAGAACUUGCUGAGAAGUAUCGAGUGCAAAGGCAUUGGUUCGGUGUUGGGCAUCAACUAUUUUGCGAGAGGUUAUCUUCAGCCAAAAGCUUACGAAAGAUAUAUCGCCCAUAUGGUCUUGGGACGAGACCUAUUGGACAACACAUUGAAUCUGGUGCCUUCCCUCAUUCCUCUACACAAGGACAUUAAAGAAGACAGUCAUGAAUACCAGGACUUGGAGAAGAAAAACCAACAGAUAGUCGACAAUAAGCACCAGGAUGGUAGUGUAGCUGAUGCAAUAGAGUACUUUGACCAGACUGCAACCUUCCUAGACAAGCUGAGAGCAGUGCAGAAGCAACUAAGGGAGUACAUAAGGGAUGGCGUAACGGUUAGUUUGACUGAAGCCCGAAGGUCGGAGGUGGUUUGCGCAGGAAUCCUUAUCCUGGUAUGCGUCGUCUCUCCAAUCAUCAUCGUGCUGGUCAGAAACGCUGUGAAUACCAUACAGGUAUACGCAAGUAAUUUGGCUGAAAAGGCUCGGGAAUUGGAAUACGAAAAAGAACUAAGUGACUCCUUACUGUACCAGAUGCUGCCUCCAAGUAUAGCUAAACAAUUGAAACAAACACAGCAGGUCCCAGCUGAAUUUUUCUCUUCAGUGACUGUGUACUUCAGUGACAUAGUUGGGUUCACCGCAAUUGCAGCUGUAUCUACACCGUAUCAGGUGAUAAGUUUCCUGAAUUCAGUAUACAAGUUGUUCGAUGAGAAAAUUGAAUGUUAUGAUGUGUAUAAAAUCGAGACGAUUGGAGAUUCGUACAUGGUGGCUUCUGGGUUACCUGUUAGAAAUGGCAACAAGCAUGCGACAGAAAUAGCGAGUAUGGCGUUAGAGCUGCUGGAAGCGACAUCUAUGUGCAGGCUUCCUCAUCGACCCGAUCAGACUUUAUGCAUGCGAAGUGGGAUCCACAUGGGGCCUUGUGUCGCUGGUAUUGUGGGAAGUAAAAUGCCUCGUUACUGUUUAUUUGGUGACACGAUUAACACUGCAAGUAGAAUGGAGAGCACUGGGGAACCGAUGAAGAUUCAAAUAUCGGAUGAUGUGAAAAAGGCUCUAGAUAAAACAGGACUUUUCCUAACGGCUCCUCGGGGCGUGGUUGAUGUCAAGGGCAAAGGCGAAAUGUCCACCCAUUGGCUGGAAGGCAGGAUUGGACCUUCUCCAGAGCGGCCAACGACUACAUCUCUGGACUGCACACCAAGCUUCUUAGCCAGGAUCCAUUCUCAAAGAUCUCCCAGAUACCAAUCUGGAAAACCGAGGAUACAAUAA